ACAUCAGGAAAUACAACCCAAAACCCAGGUGAAAUGACAACUCAAAACACAGGAGGAAUGACAAUUCAGAGCCCAAGACCCCUCUACCAAAUUGGUGGAACAACAAGCUCUCGAAGCGAUGAUGGAAGCUCCCCAAGAAUUUCACUCCUCCAACCCUUCAACUAUUUUGGCAAAUCUUACUUUCACAUUUAUGUGAAUCACAAUGGACAUCUGACCUUUGAAACUCCAUGGAGGCGUUAUAUACCAUUACAGUUUCCAAUGGAUCAAAGCAGAGACAUUAUUGCUCCUUACUGGACCGAUUUAGACAAUAGUAGAAGUGGUAACAUCUACUACGAUCAGUACACCGACGGCUCUAUUCUUCAACAAGUUACCCAGGACAUCAACUCUUACUUCCCAGAAAUUAACUUUAAUGCCAGCUGGAUCUUUAUUGCAACAUGGCAUAAAGUUCCCUAUUUUUCAAUGCCUGAAACACAAUCAACCUUUCAGGCCGUCUUGGCUUCCAAUGGGAAUAACUCUUUUGUGUUGAUGAAUUACAACGCCCUAGCACCCAAGGAGAUCGCUGUAGAGGCUGGAUAUGACACAGCCCAAUCCUCUCACCACUUCACCAUCCAUGGAUCAUUUUCUAAUGACACAGUCUUCAACAGCUCCCUUUUAAGUCAUGGUAGUAACGUCAAUGUACCUGGUCGCUGGGCUUUCCGUGUAGAUAAUGGUUCAAGGGGCUGCAGUUUCAAUGGUUGUCAAGCACAAAAGCCAGAAUGUGGUUAUGUAGGUACAAGAGCCAGAAUCGUUGGAGGUCAGGAUGCAACUACUGGGCGUUGGCCUUGGCAAGCAAGCUUACAGCGAGUUGGUGGUUCCUCCUUUUGUGGAGGAUCCCUGAUCUCUGACCAGUGGGUGCUCACUGCUGCUCACUGUGUAGGAAGCGGAAUCGUUAGGGCUGAAGUUCAUCUGGGUGUCCACAGUUUAUCAAAUCCCAACGCCAACGAAGUGAUUCGGGGCAUUGACUACUUCAUCUGCCAUCCUGACUAUGAUUCUUCUACUUUGGAGAAUGACAUGUGCCUCCUGAAGCUUUCAUCUCCUGUCUACUUUACAGACUAUAUACAACCUGUAUGUUUAGCCUCAGUGGAGAGUACCUUUCAUGAUGGUACUACCAGCUGGGUCACUGGCUUUGGGGACCUUGGCAAUGGGAUGACACCUACCAUCCUGCAGGAAGUAGAACUGCCAAUUGUGGGAAACAAGAAGUGCUCUUGCUACAAUCAAGACUUUGCCACCAUCACAGAGAACAUGAUUUGUGCGGGCUUUGAUCUGGGAGGAAAGGACUCAUGUCAGGGAGACUCAGGAGGACCACUGGUGGUAUACAAUGGGUUUGUGUGGGUCCAAGCUGGAGUGGUGAGUUUUGGAGAUCGUUGUGCCAUUCCAAAGAGACCUGGAGUCUACGCUCGAGUGUCGAAGUACGAGAAAUGGAUCCAUGAUAGUGUUACUGGAAGGAAGCCAGGCUUUGUGAACUUCACCUCCCCAGGCACCGACUUUGACUUGUCCUUCACCUGUGCUACAUCGAUGCCUUUCACCACUGACGAUAGUAUUUUUGGCAGUGGUAAAAAUCUGAGUCACUUCACUCAUUUCGUGACUCUCUCUGCUCUUGCUCUGGUUCUUCAUGUCUUUGUUGGUAGUGAGGGAAUGUAAAAGAUGGAGUUUUAUUUUUGUUAUGCACUUAUGCAGAGGUUCAGGUGACCUAAACAAAUUUAGAUUUUCUUUACUCAUUUAAAAAAUACAUAAGUUGUUUAUUUAGAAUCUAAUACAGUAUUUAUGGGGAAAAAUGUAUCAUAUCUAAAUGAAACAAUCUCACUAAUCCAGCACUAUUAUGGCUAAGUUGUAUGAUUACAAGUGGGCUGAUUUUUUAAAAGUUUGUCUUUAUGGAUUUAGAUUCACAGGCAUUCAUAAUCA